UUCAUCUUCCAAACCAAACCCAACUAGACCAAAAGUCCUGAGUGAGUCCAGCUACAGGAGAGAAGAGUAAAACUACAACCUGCUGACGCUGUUCACACUGACCGUGAGUUUAACAAACUCCUCGACUCAGAGUGGAAGUAAACCUCAGUGAAGUUCGUGGAGCUGUGACUGACUGACUGUCUGUUUUCACCUUCACCUGGAGACUCAAUGGCUUCCAGAUUAGAAGAGGAUCUCUGCUGUCCCGUCUGCCGUGAUGUCUUCAGAGAUCCUGUUCUUCUAUCAUGUAGCCACAGCUUCUGUAAAGACUGUGUGAAGAGCUGGUGGAAAGACAAAGAAGUAAAAGAGUAUCCACUUUGUAAGACAAUAUCUCCAAUGUCUCAACCAACUGUUAACCUGGCGUUAAAGAACCUGUGUGAGACGUUCUUACAGGAGAGAGAUCAAAGCCCUUCACAUGUUAUCUGCAAUCUGCACUCAGAGAAACUCAGACUCUUCUGUCUGGACCAUCAGCAGCCAGUGUGUCUCAUCUGCAGAGAUUCAGAACAACACACCGACCACAGAUUCAGACCCGUAGAAGAAGCUGCAAAGCAACCCAAGAAGCAGCUUCAGGAAACUCUGGAGCCAUGGAAGAAGAAGUUACAGUGUUUUGAACGUGUUAAAGUGGAGUUUGAACAAACAGCAAAACACAUUAAGGUCCAGGCCCGACACACAGAGAGGAAGAUCAAGGAGCAGUUUGAAAAGCUUCAUCGGUUUCUACAGGAGGAAGAGGAGGCUAGGAUGGCUGCACUGAGGGUGGAAGAGGAGCAGAAGAGUCGGAUGUUGAAGGAGAAGAUUGAAUGUCUGAGCAGAGACAUAAAAGCUCUUUCAGACACAAUCAGAACCACAGAGGACGAGCUGAGAGCUGAUAACGUCUGGUUCCUGCUCAACUACAAGGCUGCAGUGAAACGAGUCCAGCAGCGCCCCCUGCUGGAAGAUCCACAGCUGGCCUCAGGAGCCCUGAUAGAGAAGGCCAAACAUCUGGGCAACCUCAGCUUCAACAUCUGGAACAAGAUGAAAGACCUGGUCUCCUACAGUCCUGUGAUUCUGGACCCAAACUCUGCUCAUCCAGUACUCGUCCUGUCUGAAGGUCUGACCGGUUUUGAACAAGGACAGGAACAGAAGCUUCCUGACAAUCCAGAGAGGUUUGAACAUUACUUAUCAGUCCUGGGAUCUGAGGGUUUUAACUCAGGGACUCACAGCUGGGACGUCCUGGUUGGAAACAGUACUUACUGGACACUGGGUGUAAGAGCAGAGUCUGCCCAGAGGAAGAGAAUCAAACUGUCUGGAUCAUGGGGAAUAUGGUUCUGUGAAGGUAAAUACUCAGCGUGGUCUUCAUCAGCAUCAUCUGUUCUCUCUGUGGAGAAGAUCCAGAAGAUCAGAGUGAAACUGGACUGGAACAGAGGAAAGCUGUCGUUCACUGAUCUUGAUACUAACAAACACAUUCACACCUUCAAACACACUUUCACUGAGAAGAUGUUUCCAUACUUUAGCACUGCAGAUCACUUGAUGCUGUUACCUGUGAAUGUCUCUGUGACACUGGAUCAGCGCAGGUAGAGAUAAAGAUUUUAUGUAAGAGAAAACUUCUGAAUAUAAAUGUUCAACUCAUAAGUCUAAAGCUUUGUUUAUUUCUCCUUUUACUUCUCACUGAUUUUUAUUUUCAUGGUAAACGUUUCCUAUCAUUUAGAUUUUGUCUGGAUCUAUGAAGUCGAGCAACUGAUGAAGAUCCACAUAAAACACAUUUAUUUAUAAUCCAACAUAUAUGAACAUUUGUCUGUUUGUUGUGAUGAAGCCAAAUUGAUCCUGUCUGUAAAAGUGUUUAUUCAACCGCAGCCUAGU